GGCGCUUGGAUUGGUCGGGACCCUGGAGACGACUCCGAACGUGGCGCGGGGUUUACUCGCUGCGGCUCGGCAGGGACUAGUGGGCGGAAUGUCCCAAGCCGGUGGCGGUGCGGGCGGUGAUGCGGGGCAAGAAAACUCUGCUGCUGCCGGCCCGUUCAGCUUCAGCCCGGAGCCCACGCUUGAAGACAUCCGACGUCUCCAUGCAGAAUUUGCAGCUGAGCGGGACUGGGAGCAGUUCCACCAGCCUAGAAACCUGCUCCUAGCCUUGGUGGGAGAAGUGGGCGAGCUGGCAGAACUCUUCCAGUGGAAGUCUGAUGCAGAGCCUGGUCCUCAAGCCUGGCUGCCAAAGGAACGAGCAGCCCUUCAAGAGGAGCUCAGCGACGUCCUCAUCUACCUGGUGGCAUUAGCAGCCCGUUGUCGCGUGGAUUUACCUCGAGCAGUAAUUGCCAAAAUGGACACCAACCGACGACGCUACCCAGUCCAUCUCUCUCGAGGUUCUGCCUGCAAGUACACAGACUUGCCCCAUAGGUCCAUCCCCGAAAACCAGGCUGUGGGGGCUGCAGAACCUACCUCUGAGUUGCAAAGCCAGGCCUCCAUCUAGGAAACAGUGUCAGAACAGCAGAGAUGGACUCGUUCUAGUCCAUUCUUAACUGAAUCAUAGGUCUGAGGCCCAAGAGUUUCCAAAAGAUAAUCUCCUGGUCUUUUCUCUCUCAAUAAAAUGAUACAUGACAACAACAUUUAUAUUUUUCCUGGGUAGCUAGAUAGAACAUCUCAGGUCCUUCAGAGAAGCAGGCUUACAAAAGCAGAGAGCCGGAAGUAAAUGUGGGUGGGCCACAAGGCUUUGAUGAGUGCAGAAUACAGCUUCCUUUCCUCUUUGGUCCCUUGGUACAAGGCCACCCACCCCUCUCACCUGGCUAAUUCUGUUAUUCCUCUGCAGCGAGGUGGUAUUGAGUGAAUGAUUUAUGUGGUGUGUAACCUAAGGCACCCCACUUCCCCUGAGACUGCUAGGCCUGCCUCCCCAAGACGGUGUCACACAGAGAAAGCAGUAGUAGUGAUUGUCUGCCCCUCAGCCUGUUUGCACAUUAGUGAAGUGAGGGUUUCCCAGCACCCUCUCCUGCCCAUCUUGCCUUCUCAGGUAAAGCAAGUCAUCAUUAAACUGCUUUAUUUU